AUGGAGCGUCAACAUGAAGUUCAUGGAGGAAAAGUUCAGAGUUCAGCUCGAGCUACCAGGCUGAGGUUGGACAAUAAAUGCUCUCUGAUCAUCAACAACAUCACUGCUGAGGAUGCUGGACGUUACACCUGUCAGCUUUGGGAUGGAGGACGCUUUGACACAGAUGUGUAUUUAAACAUGAUGAGCAUCUCUCCAUCUCCACCAGGUGCUGAUCCAACAAAGGAUGGAGAUUUCACAUUACAGUGUUCUCUGGUCAGUGACAGAGGGUUGGGUCCUUGUCCAGAGAAGAGCCUCCUCUGGGUGGAUGAGACAGGAAGUGAGCUGCUUGGUGAAGGUGUUGGGUUCAAGUCUGGAGGACAGACUGGCUGUGAUUCUAAUCUCACUGUGAAGCUUCAGAGCAGCAGCAACAGAAGAUACACCUGCCAGUUUGUUGAGGGAAACACAGUGAAGAUAGAAGCUCACUACACACCUGAGAUUGAAGCUUCCACUGACUGGUCUCCUCUGAGCUUCAUCAUGAUGACUCUGAGGAUCACAGCACUGAUCCUGAUGGUUGGAAUCACUGUUGGUAUCAUCAGAACCAGAGGAAGCAAAAAGCCACAGAAAGACAUUAAUGUUCAUGAUGCUGUUGAUGACGACCCAGUGGACUAUGAAAAUGAUGAAGAACGUUCUGCUGCCACACUCAGCUGACCUUCAUCACAUCAAUUACAGAACAGGAAGAAUAAAGUCUCCACAGGCGACAGUCUCACCAGCAGAGCAUUCUGGGAGUUGUAGUAUAAGCUGUGAAUGGUCUUUCUACCAGUGAACCGGCUCUAAUAGAACCUGUAAAUUAUCUCAUGGUCAUAUUUGUCCUGCAGGCCUGAGUCUGACCCCUCUGCUGUCAGGGGUCCAUUUUGACCUGUUUGGAUUCUGUUCUGACUCGGUUUAACUGCUCUGUCUGCAGAGUCUCAGAGCUGCUGGCUGUUAGUGGACUGACUGCAGCUCAUUAGCAGACGUCACAGUUCCUCUUUGACGGCUCAUGCUAAGGAAAUUACAUCAUGUUGAACAUAAAAAUAUAAACUAUAAAUAAAACUGUUUAAUGCUCUUCACAAUCAGACCCUUCAGCUGAAACAUGGCUCACUUUAGUUGAUCUGAGUGUUACAAUGUAAAUGAAUUAAAUGUAGUUUAAAUGCCUUUUUCCUACUAAACUUUGUGCAACUAGUUCCUUCUGUUUGUGGUUUUCUGUCAGUUUCUAAAAACACAAAAUGACAGAACACGUGGUGGGUGUUGGUGUGAAGUUAUUUUCAUCCAUUAAUUCAGCAGAAAAGAGGAAAUAACAUCAGUUCUUUCAGAUGUGCAGCAGAGAAAAGUCUCUCAGUGUUCAGCAGCUGAUAGAAGGACAGGAGAUGUUGGUUCUGGAACUGGUUCUGAUCGUUGUGCUUCAGUUUGAAGGCACCAGAGGAGGAGAACUUUAUCACAGACCUGGAGAUGAUGUUGUUCUACCUUGUAACAGUCCUGCAUCUUCUUACUCAUGCUCCAUUGUUAACUGUUACAUCAGAGAUCCAAGCUCAUUCUCUCUGCUUGAGGUUCAGGAUGGAAAUGUUUUUAGAGUUCACCUCGAGCUGCCAGGUUAAAUGUGGACAGUAAAUGCUCUCUGAUCAUCAACAACAUCACUGCUGAGGAUGCUGGAGCGUACAUGUUUC